UUAACAAAUACAGGAAUAAACGAAUGAAAACGGGCUUCACGGAUGCUGAAUAAAGUAACGUGUCAGAGGUUAUUGAUAUCAGGGACAAACUUUGUUGAGUUUUAGUUUUCGCCCUGACGGUUAAAGCGAAAAUAAGAACUCUCAGUCCCAGUGUGUCGAUGAUCGAUUUAUCCCGUAAAACGAGUUUGUUUUCUUUAGUCAGAAAGUAAACAUCUCUUCUCACUCUUCGUUCUUCCUCCGAAGCAAUCGUGCUUUAAUUUUGUUCUCAUCGUCUUCUUGUACGUUUUUCAAGUCACACGGUUCAACGAUGAGAUCGGGCGACUCGGAGCUCGACCAUCGGUGAUUGAUUAAUUACUGCACAGCUAAAGCCGCCGGUCAGGAAAUCAUGAAGAAUGUGGAUACCGAACGGUUGUACAAUUGCAGUGCUGUUGUGCUUCGGCAGGAUUUGUCAACGGUGCGUGAACUGAACAGAAGUGAUCUUUUGAACGCUCUUGAGGAGGCGCUUUCCGGUUCCAUCGCGAGGGAACAACUUCGCGACAAGUUGUCCGUCUGUCUGUUUCCUGGUCAGCCGAAACCCUACGAUUUACCAUGGUGGGAAAAGCUCUCCUGGGCUCUGGUAUUCACGGCUAUGCUGCUGGUAGCUAUAGGCGGAAAUGCGAUAGUCAUGUGGAUCGUUCUUGCCCACAGACGAAUGAGGACAGUGACGAACUACUUCCUGGUCAACCUCUCAGUUUCCGACCUGAUGAUGUCGCUGCUGAACUGCGUCUUCAACUUUAUCUUCAUGCUGAAUUCGGACUGGCCAUUCGGCGCUGUUUACUGCACCGUAAAUAAUUUCGUGGCGAACGUGACGGUUGCCUCGAGCGUCUUCACUCUGGUCGCCAUCUCGUUCGAUCGAUACAUGGCGAUCGUCCGGCCUCUUCAGCACCGCAUGUCUCGGAGACGAGCGCUUCUUGCUGUUGCGAUGAUUUGGUUCGCUUCCGCCCUACUCGGACUCCCCUGUCUUCUCUACUCCACGACCAUGACCAGAAGUUAUUCGAACGGACAAGUCAGGAUCGUCUGCUACAUGAUGUGGCCGGAUGGUCGGUAUCCGCACAGCAUGACCGAGUACAUUUACAACCUGGUGUUCCUCGGAGUGACCUACCUCGUUCCAGUCACGGUUAUGGCCGUGUGUUAUACCUUGAUGGGCCUGGAGCUGUGGGGAUCAAAAUCCAUCGGCGAACAUACCCAGCGUCAAAAGGAGUCGACGAAAUCGAAGCGGAAGGUACUUAAGGUAGUAAGGAUGUUCAUAAUCGUGGUUACGAUAUUUGCUGUCUGUUGGCUACCUUAUCACGGCUUCUUCAUAUUUGCUUAUCAUCAUCGAUCGUUCACCAAUAGCAACUACGUCCAGCACGUCUAUUUGGCAUUCUACUGGCUAGCGAUGUCCAACGCUAUGGUCAACCCGAUUAUCUACUACUGGAUGAACAACAGGUUUCGCGUUUACAUUCAGAAGAUUAUUUGCUGCUGUUUCCUUACAAGGUCUCAGUCCCAGAGUCGACAACUCGAUCUUCUAGCCGAACUUCCCCAUUCGGAUUUAGCGCGCUCCAGAUCCGGUAAGGCUGAUAGAACGAUUGAAGUAUACGUCAAUUCAGUGGCGACAGAGUACGACGGAGAGUCGAGUAAGGAUGCCAAAAGUAACCAGCCAAUUAAUCUGCGACGAAAUACAUAAGAACGGAAGUAGCGCCAGGGUUUCUUCGAAGAUUAAACCGCAUACCUGAAAGCGGUCCAAUACCUGCAGGAUCGAAAUAGUUUGACGAGUUUUCUUCAAAUUACACUCCACGUUUCAUUAUGAAAAACAAUGGUUCGAUUGUGUAUUAUUAAUUAGUUUAAUAUAUACUAUAUAUACAUAUUGUAAUAAGUGUAAAUAUAUUCGAAUAUAUAAUUAUUUUGAAAUUAAAUUGCACAGAAUUGAAAGCCUAAUAGUACUGACAACCCUGGAGACCAUGGAAAACAGUCGAUGUGAUUGUUUCUGUUUUUACUUCUUUAAUACUCGGCAAGGCUAUCAACGAAAAACAUUUCAUUCUUCUUUAUAUACGAAUUCCCAUUAUCCUCUCGACAAGCUGUGAAGCGUGGAAAAAAUUAUUAUGCGAAGUUAUCGAGAACCAUUAAAAAUUCGGGGAAAACAACUUCGAACCAUUGCGUGAAAAGUUUCUUGUACUUGCUGCUAUUGAUCGAUAUACCUACCAGAACCAUACAAAGCCUUAGUUCCAUCUCGUUAACGGAACAUUCCGAAAAACGAGGAAGGGGAUUACGAAUGAGUGUAUUGCUGGAUCUUUGUGAAUGCAAUCCAAGAAAUCCAUUAUAUUCGCAGAAGACGCUUCUGCAGGUCUGAUGCAAGGCUGGCUGCCGCGAAACGUUCUGUCCAUUUCUUUACCAAUUCACCGAAAUAUUUAUUGGAACGAGAAAAUUUUUAAAAUAUUUAAGGCUAAAAAUAAGAACUGUGAUAAGAAUACGAGUAGAAAUAGUGGAAUUUCAGUAUUUGGAAACUUCAGGGUGGUCAGACACUUUGAUAAUAAUGAUGAUGAUACUAAUGAUAAAAAUAAUUACACAACAACGAUGAUGACGGUGAAGAUGAUAAUAAAAACAAUUUACUAUGUGAAAUUAAAGUGUCCUAUCAUAUAUUAUAGCGCCGAUUUGCACUUUGGGUCAAUAAGAUUGUUUGUCGCAAAAAAAUUUUCUUUACGAUUGAUAUUCGUCGAUUAUCUACACGAAUUUUUCGUCAAAUUGACGGUAAGAAAUAUUUUCUUGAUUCGAUAAUCUUUUUUCUCAAUGCAGGUAUAUGUAAUUUUUCAUAAUAAAUGUAAAAAAAAAAAAAAUACGAACGAGCAAAUUUACGGCAUAAUGUGAUUCCUGUAUAGACGAUGUUUCAAUAUACGAGCCCAAUGCAAAUAGUGAGUACAAGGUAUAAUACAAAUAAUAUUGCAUUAAUUAAUGAAAAGUUAUAAAAUAACCGUAAUAUUAUAAUUGAAUUCUUGAAAUUAAAUUAAGUUGAUUUACCAGCGGUGGUUAAAUAUUUGACGGUAAUUCGAAUGCGAAAAACUGGAUUAAAAUUUUGUUCAUUAGAAUUUAUAAUACUUCUUUGAGCAAAUAUAAAUUACAUAAUGGAAAGCGUUUCAGUUUUGUUCAGUAAUAAUCAGGUAUACAUCCGCUAAUGAUUUUAUCUUGUAAUUCGUCAUGGGCACGAUGCGUCUUGUUGUCAUAUAAUAUGCCGUCGACGAAGAAUACAAUUUACCAUAAAUUAAGAGAGACGUCAAAUCAUUCACUUUACACACUCACCGCGUGUAUCCAUUACGACCAUAUUGCUGAUCCAUCACUUUGUAAAAAAUGCCGCCUUACUUAUCUCGGUUUUACCAUCGCGCCAUUAUACCAGCGGCUUAGAAGAUGAUCAUUUCCAGUUUGAAUAUCCUCUUACACCCCUCGCGAGAAGAAAUAUUUGAAAAAGUUUCAGGAUGACCGUUUUUGCUCAUUGCACUUUUUAUUCCACGCCGUAGAAGAACCCAGUAUUAAGGUAAUUUUUUUCGUGAAUUAUAUUUCCAUUAUUGUUACCCUGGACGGUAUUUUCCCUGUCAAGCCUUCGACACUGUUGAUAUAUUACGCAGCUCAUUUAUUCAAGUAUGUACAUAGAUAAUGCUUUUUUCAUUGAAAUUAUUUCUGCGACUCAUAUGUAUAAUUUAUUACAGCCUUUAUUAAUUCCCCAUCAGGCAGUCCCCUACACAAAGUAAAGAUAUUUCGGACUCUCGUUACGAUCUUUCUUAUCGUCACGGAUUACAAAAAAAAAAAAUAUAUUAAUGAUAACACAUAUUUAUAAAUAAAAUAGACGAACAUUUAAGUAUUCUCGCAGAUUCAAGAAAUAUUUUCUUAUUGUCUAGACUUUUUAACGAUGUGUAACAUAAAUUCUUGUUGCGCUUAAUUAUUUGCAACGAGAUACAGACAAUAUUUGUACACGUGUCCUACCUACUGGUCCGUUUCUGUUAGGUAUAACAACCGUGUUUGAACACUUUGGGUAGCAAGUUUGACCAACUCGGAUUCAUGCUUCAGUGAGCCGGCUUCAGUUCCGACGAGAGAGGAAAAACCGAUGUACAAAACAAGUGAUAUGACCGAGAAACAGAAAAUAAUUGCUCCGAUUAGUUUAUUCAAACUCGAAUUUAAUGUAUUAAUUGUCGGGGUAAAGGAUAUAUUAUAUAUAAACCAAAGAUCGAAUUUUUGAUCCAGUAAUACAUCUAGUAUCUAUUAACAAUAAAGUAUACUGUAGACCUAUGUACCUAUAAUGUAAUGUAAAUUAAGUGUGAAAAUCUGACGAAAAUAUGCGUGUAUUUAUUAUAUAACGUGACGUCGUUGUCAACAUAAAUACUGAACCUUACAAAUUUGUACAAUGUGAAAAAUUGUUGUAAAUUUUAUUUUAAUGUAACAUAUCGAUAGGUGAUUCUCGCCUAUUUAUUAUACAUUAUAUGAGCUAUCAAAUUUUCCUGUACAUAUAAUAUGCGAAUGAAUAAA